AUGCCCAUCCCACUGCUUGCCGAACAUGGCCUGCCACCAGAGGACUGGGCCUUCGUUCCUUUCGCUGUGCGUACUUCCUUUGCGGCGUAUGCGCAGCGACGGCCCCGGGAGGCGCCUCGCGAGAUCUUGGCUCCCCAAGCCGUUCCAGAGACGAGGUCAAAGGCUUACUCCGAUCCUCCAGAAAUGGCAGGUCUGAAAGCGGACCCCUCGGCCAACGAGCUCCGAAGCCCGGAGCCUGUUGCCGUGCCAGCUUCGCAAGGCCCUCCGGCCCGGGCCUGGAAGGGGCCACUAGAACUGAUGGAGGUGAAGGAGGAGCUGGAGAGCAGGGGUCCAGCAACCUCAAGGAAAGCGCCCAUGCCAGCACCUGCCCCUGGCGCAGCAGGACCAGGCGAAGACCGCCAGAGUCCGACGCGGGCGAAUCGAGUGAAAGUCAUACCUGCCAAGUACGGCGCACCACUCCCGGCUCCACCACCGGCACUGACGGCGGUUGCACCGCCUGAGCCCGAAUUUCGGAAGGCCAGCCCUGUGCCCCAGCCGCGCCCGCUGGGCGCGGUGCCCGUCCCCUUGCCCAGCCCGGGUCCGAGUGGCUCGGCUGCCCCGGCCGUCGUGGCGCCGAAAGCGCCCAGCUUCGCCAAGCAGAGAGCUAUCCAGGGCCCGGCUCCGAGGACAGCGACAGGGUCUGCAAAUCUUCUGUUCAUGGCAACGGCUGUGACCUCGCUGCUUCCCGAGGAGACGGAUGUGAAGAUUAUGCUAAAUACUGCUGGCAUCUGCUGGCACCCGCAGAAGUGCUCCGCUCAGAUCACAGCUCCGAAUCCGUGGGUGGGAGCGAUCGUGGUUGAUGCUGAUGGCAACGUGGUCGGCGAGGGCUUCCACAAGUGUCGCCGGCAUGCUUCGUCGGUCGCGGCCGCGGAGUGUGCCGCACACGCCGAAAAACGUCUCUCGCGAGAGACGAUCUUCAUGUCUCAGUUUGCCAGGGGCCCUGGCUGCCCGCAUGCGGAGGUGGAAGCCUUUCGGGAUGCAGAGGCCAAUGGUGUCACGGACUUCUCUGAGACAACUAUUUACAGUACGCUGGAACCCUGUCAUCGCGGACCGGGCAAGCGCACCGGGCCCUGCGACGAGCUGGUGGUCUCGAAGGGCGUGAAGAGAUGUGUGAUAGGCCACGUUGACCCCGACGAGAACUUUGGUGGUGCUGGUGUGAAGUUCAUUCGCGAUGCUGGGAUCCAGGUAGAUGUGGGCAUUGCGGAGGAGCCAGUUCGCCGUUCCUUCCGGAGUUAUUUACACCACCGUCGGACAGCAAGGCCGUAUGUUGUCCUGAAGAUUGCGACCAGCUUGGAUGGCCGAGUGGCAUGCGCAGACAAGACCUCCCAGUGGAUCACCCAGGCACCAGCAAGACAGGACGCACACCGGCUUCGUGCCGAGUCGCAAGCAGUGCUUGUUGGCAGCGGCACGGCUCUUGCCGACAGGCCGAGUCUCACCGUUCGGUUAGACGGAGAGCCGGCCCCUGUGAAGCCACCUCUGCGUGUGGUCCUGGACUCGAAAGGCCAAGUGACCGAUGGUCCGCUGAUGGAGACCUCCGCCGCGCCUACGCUCAUCUUCACGAGCCGUGAGCGCUGCAGCGAGAUGGCGAAGCAGAGGCCGCCUCGCCCGUUGCAAAAAGCGACUGCUGCAUGGUUCUGGCACACGUGA